ACAAGGACAGCGCCUUCGCCUUCCAGAGAGGUGGUCACUGCUGAUGUCUUGCAAAAGGCCAGGAUUCUCAUCCUGCACAUGGGCCGGGACUUCCUGUUUGAUGACUGCAGCCGCGCCUUUAUCUGCCUCCCACUAGAAGACCCUGCAGCCCCCACUGAGGCCCUCACCUGCCAUUUGGACAGGCUUCUGGCAACCUUGACAGACCAGGUCUGCAAAGGUUCCCCCCCAGGGGUGUGGGUCUCCAGCACUGACAUGUUUCUGACGGUCCCCACCAUGCCGGAAAUCAACUGGCAAGGGUUCCAGGGGGUAAAAGUCAUUGCAGUGCCUGCCAGUGUCUCCUAUGCCAAGCAGCAUGGCGUCUACUCUGUGGAUUCUCAGGGGGUGGUGCAAGACAUCCUCCACCAGAGCUCCGAAGGGGAGAUCCAGCAGUGCUUGGGGCCUGAUGGGAAGGUCCCCCUGGUGUGCGGGGUUGUCUUCUUCUCCUCCGGAGCAGCAGAGCAGCUUCUGGCCACCCAUGUCGUCCCUCCGCUCAAUGCCUGCACCUACAUGGGGCUGGACUCGGGAGCCCCAGCCCUUCAGCUGUCUCUCUUCUUCGACCUACUGCUGUGCAUGGCCCAGGCGGUGAGCAAAGAGGCCUUUGUAGCAGGAUGCCGGGCUGGGACGCGUGGAGGAGAUAUCCAGAGUUCUAGGGCAACUCGGAGCGCCCGGUCUGUCCUGUGGAAGACUCUCCACACAGUGCCACUCACGAUGGCAUACCUCCCUGAUGGCGCCUAUGGCUAUAUGACCACAUCUGCAAGCGACCACAUCUACCACCUUACCCCUCAUGUGGGCGAUGCGCACAGCAGUGGUUUCUGCAAGGUGGCUCAUUCCCAUGUGGUUGAGCCUCAUCUGCUGGAAGAAGGUUGCUCCGUCACCAACUGCCUGUUGAAGGGAGCUGUGGCUGUGGGGUCUGGGAGUGUCAUCCAACACUGCAGCUUGGAGGGCCCCUUGCAGAUCCAUUCUGGCUGCCUCCUCACUGGGCUGGAUGUGGCCGCCUCUGUGGCCCUCAGGAGCCACUUGCUUGAGGAUGUGGUCAUUCAGGGACACGUUAUCCGGCUGAGACACAUUAGCUGCAAAGUGUUCACUCUGAGUGGACGUCAUGAUGACUGGCAGAGUAUGGCGACCGAAGAGAGCGGCACCUUCUUGAAUUUGCCAUGGCCAGCCUUGUACCACCGGACUGGAAUACGGAGCCAGGACCUUUGGAGCCCAGAUGUCCCGCCAAACAAGCGCUGCUUGCUGAACGCCCGCCUCUUCCCUGUGUUCCAUGUCUCUGAGCCACUGGACCUCGGGGACCUCUUGUGGCUCUUGGGCUCUUCAGAGACCAAGCAGCUGCAGUGCUGGAGAAGGUCCUGGCGCAUGUCCUGGGAGGAGAUGAGGGUAUGUCUGGACCAGGAGGCUGAACUGGCCUCCCGCAAGGCCAUCUUUUUCCUACAGGCUCAACACAAAAUCCAGCAUGUCCUGAUGGAGCAGAGAAACUGCAGCCUCCUGCCAUUGAUCCGCUCUGCUGUCCUGGAGGGUUUUGGGGAAGCUCUGCUGGAUACACUGGACCAGGUUGCUGCCUCUGCUGGGGAUCUCGGAGUUGCUGCUCGAGCGUUGGCGUGUGUCGCAGAUCUCCUGGGUUGCAUGGCCAGAGGCAAGGGGGGCUUACGGAGCGGCCCCACAGCCAACCUUGCUUGGGCGGCAGCCUUCCAACAACUGGAGAAGGGAAAUAUCGCUCAGGGUAUAAAGGCGCUUGCUGUGGAGAGGAAGAAGUGGCUAAACAGACCCAUCCUGCUGGUUCGUGCUGCCCGGCACUACGAAGGGGCUGAGCAGAUCCUCAUCCGCCGGGCCGUGAUGCUGUCCUGUCAGUUCAUCAGCCUUUGGCAGGUAGAGCUGCCACCCCUGGGCUGCUGGGUGAGAGUGGACUGUCCUGCAAGGAUCGACUUCUCUGGGGGCUGGAGUGAUACCCCUCCAAUCACGUAUGAGCACGGGGGAGCGGUUGUGGAUGUGGCUGUCCUGGUGGAUGGCUGCAGGCCUAUUGGUGCCCAGGCACGACGCAUUCCUGAACCUGAAUUGCAGCUGAUCAGUACCAGUGGAAGUCUUGAGGGAGAGGUAGUGGUGGAGUUGGUAUGUCACAGCCUGGAAGAUCUGAAGGAUUUCUGCCAGCCACAUAUGCCAGGAGCCCUGCUAAAAGCAGCCUUCGUCUGCACCCAAGUCAUUGAUCUUCUGUCCCACAAAACCUUGCGAGAACAGUUGCAAGAGCGCUUUGGUGGGGGCUUUGAACUGCACACCUGGUCUCGUCUGCCACACGGAUCGGGCUUGGGGACAAGCAGCAUCCUAGCAGGGGCAGUGAUAGCAUCGCUGUACCGAGUAUCUGGGCGCUCUGCUAGCGUAGAGUCCCUCAUUCACGCCGUGCUGCACUUGGAGCAGGUUUUGACCACAGGUGGCGGAUGGCAAGAUCAGGUGGGUGGACUGGUUCCAGGGCUGAAGAUUGGGCGCUCGAAGGCUCAGCUGCCGCUGAAGGUGGAAGUGGAACAGAUCACCCUCCCGGAAGGCUUUGUCCACACCUUGAACCAGCACCUGCUCUUGCUGUACACAGGGAAGACCCGCCUUGCUCGCAACUUGCUCCAGGAUGUUCUAAGAAACUGGUAUGCCAGGCUGCCCACCAUUGUAGACAAUGCCAGCGCCCUGGUGAGCAAUGCAGAGGAGUGUGCCCAAGCUCUCAAACAAGGCAACCUGGCGCUGCUGGGCAAGUGUGUGAAUCAGUACUGGCUGCAGAAGAAGAUGAUGGCGCCUGGGUGCGAGCCUCUGGUGGUCCGGCAUAUCAUGGAUGUGCUCCAGCCAUACGUCUAUGGGCAGAGCUUGGCUGGGGCUGGAGGUGGUGGUUUCCUCUGCCUCUUAACCCGAGAGCCCAGGAGCCAGGUGGCCUUUCAAGAGAUCCUGGCAGAAGCCACGGUCCUUGGAAAUUUCAGCAUCCACACUGUGGAAGUGGACACAGCGGGCUUCAAGGUGGAGCUUCUGGGGGAGGACGCCCAGUAGAUGUCCAGAAGAGCAGUGCCCUUUCUGCCCCUUCUCCACCACAGAGGGUGUGCAGCGACUGCCUCCGCAGCUGCCGACCAGGGACCAUAAACCGCCUACGCUGCUGUGGGCCUUCCUUCGGCAGCCCCAGCUGUUUCAGAUGCAGCGAUAGCCUAGAAAAACGAUCUGACUUUGUAUCGCUCCAUUUGUAGUUAUACAAAUAAAGUUAUAUAUAGGCAGGAGCUUGCUGAAAAAGUCAAAA